GUCGAGUGUUCGUGUUGGACAUGAGGAACUCCUCCGGCCUGCAGGGCUUCAGAGAUGCCGAGGGGGCUUGUGCCGCCCGACAUGCCCGCCUGGCCUCAGCAGAGGAGCUGCAUCACGCCGUGGAGGAGUGCUUCUUCUCCUCGUGCACCCGCGGGUGGCUCUACGGAGGCACAGUGGGGAUGACGGUGUGUAACGUUGUGGGCAGUGCACUGAAAGCAGUGGAUGUGAGAACAGAAAACGCCACCGAGGACUCUGAAAACCUGGACGCCUUCUGUAUCAAAGACAGGGAUGUGCCGUGUGGUGACCCUCCAUCCUUUCCUAACGCUCAUCUCCAGGAGCACUCUGGGUAUGAGAUGGGAGACGAGCUGCUGUACACAUGUUUGCCCGGUCAUGUCAUGCCCAGUGGACGCAGUGCGUUCAGUCUGCUGUGCGACAGCUGUGGAGAGUGGUACGGAUUAGUGGAGAUUUGUGUCAAAGAUGAGACUGAAAGUCACGUAGACUACGAGGACAAGUUUCCAGAUUCCUAUGGAGAGGCAGACCACCAUAGCGAGAGGCCAGAGGCGGCUCAGGGUCAGGUGUACGAGGAGGUGCACGGAGCUGAAUACCCACAAGGGGAAAGGCGUCAGGUUCAACAAGAGACAAGCUUCAAUGUCGAAGUAGAGGAGGAGCAUCAAGACCAACAUGGAGUGCCUGAAGUGGAAGAGGAGGUCAUCGAUACAACAUUUGUGGUAGUAGGAGGGGAGAAAGCUACAGAAGCACCUGUGUCUCUUCUCUCCCAGAAACACCUCUUCUGGUUCCCCUCUGAGGCCUUCCAGGAUGAGGGACAUCCAGCCUCCACCAAUCCAGUCACACAGAACACACAGAGAGCUUCAGGCGCCCAAUCAGAGGAGAGCAAAGAGCAGGACAGCCAAGAAACGCACCACCACCAGCAUCCAGUUGAUGUUGACGACCAUGGUCACGACGACCAUGACGACCUGGACAACCAUGAUGACGGUGAACAGAGUCACCAGGAGGAAGACGACGGAGAUGAUCAUGUGAAGCAUUAUAUUCCAGAUAAGGUUGAUGACCAGGACAGACGGGACCGGCACAAAGAUACAGACGAUCAUGAAGACCAUUAUGACAUGGGUGAACACGAAGACGACCGGGAUCGUGUUCGCUCCGGAGGUCAAGAGUAUGACGAUACUUACGAUGAACAUGAAAGCUACGAAGAGCAUGAAGAUGUGACUGACGAUCGAGAAGACAAUGAUCGAGAACGUCCUGACGAAUCUAAAGAACAUCCUGACCCCGAUGACAGUGAUGACCGUGAGGAGCCUUAUGAUCCUGAGGAGGAAGAUAUUGAUCGUAACACUGACCACGAUGACCAUGAUGACCACGAUGACCACGAUGACCACGAUGAUGCCCACGAUGCCCACGAUGACCACAAUGACCACGAUAACUACGAUGACCAUGAACCCGACGACCAUGAACACGAUGUCCACGACCACAAUGACCAUGAACACGAUGACCAUAACCACGAUGACCAUGAGAGCCACGAAGACGACAAUGACAGUCACCAGCGUGUGAUCUUUUCCCAAGAGACGGAUAUAAAACAGAAUGUUACAGCAGAAGAAGAAGCCCCCACAGACGACACCUGGCUGGACGGCUACCCUGUCGUCCUGGAGGAAACAGAGAAAGGGGACUCCACAACAGAAAGGGUUAGACCAGAGGAUACAGCGAGGGGGACAGUUGUGAGGACAACUGACAGACCUAAUGAGGUGGAAGUUGGUAGACCCGUCCCUUACACCAGCCUACCAGAAGUACCUGCGUCUUCCACAACAGAGCCUGAUUUAGCUCAAGGAGGAGAGGAGGAAAUGUUGCCGGGCUUCAUCCCCACCGCUGCUCCCUCACAGCCCUCCGACUCCCCCUCACACUCAGACACCUUGGACUACGACACCCAACAGGCAGCUCCCACCCACUCCUGGCAGGACGACCUCUCUCAGCACCCCUUCCUGGAUCAUGGCCCAGUUCCCCCGAUGCAGGAUAGCGACAGCGGAGUUACAGAAGAGCACACUGUACACAUCCUUCCAGGGGAGACCGGCGAGAGGGGUGAGGUGGAGGGAGAGUUGGGGGAGGCAACCUGUACCGGUGAGAACUGCCCUCCGAGGUCCUCCAGCCAAGGUCCCACUGUUGCUGCCAUAAUCGUGGCGGUGUGCGCUAUCGCCACGGCGGUGAUCGUUGGGGUGUGGUGCUACUGCCACAAACAGAAGAAGAGCUCAAUGUACGAGAUGAACGGGAAGGGCCAGAGUCAGAGCAGACAGGGCCAACAGAUAGAGAUGCAGCAAAAAGUGUAA